AUGUCCAACAUCUCUAGAUCUCUCAACGUCCUGCUGAGGACCAGCAGACUUUCCCUACAAAGACCUAGAGCCGUCAAUCCCGUCCAGCAUGUCUUUGCUCGGGAUCGAUUCGCAGCUCGGGGCAUGGCUACGGCCUUCGAGAGAACCAAGCCCCAUGUUAACAUCGCUAAUUUUCCAAAAGGCACCAUUGGCCACGUUGAUCACGGAAAGACAACCUUGACAGCAGCCAUCACCAAGCGUCAAUCGGAGAAGGGCAUGGCCAACUUCUUAGAAUACGGUGCAAUUGACAAGGCUCCUGAGGAGAGAAAGCGUGGUAUCACCAUUUCCUCCGCACACAUUGAAUACCAGACCGAAAACCGACACUACGCCCACGUCGACUGCCCUGGGCACGCUGAUUAUAUCAAGAACAUGAUUACUGGUGCUGCUAGCAUGGAUGGCGCAGUCGUUGUCGUUGCUGCUUCAGAUGGACAAAUGCCUCAAACUCGAGAACAUUUACUUCUGGCGCGUCAAAUCGGUAUUCAAAAAAUCGUCGUUUUCGUGAACAAGGUCGAUGCGGUCGAAGACCCGGAGAUGUUGGAACUUGUCGAACUAGAAAUGCGUGAGCUCCUCACCAGCUACGGCUUUGAGGGUGAAGAAACCCCCAUUGUCUUCGGCUCUGCUCUCUGUGCCCUGGAAGGACGACGACCUGAAAUCGGUAACAGCAAAAUCGAUGAGCUCCUGCAAGCUGUUGACACCUGGAUCCCCACUCCCCAGCGUGACACUGACAAGCCUUUCCUGAUGUCUAUCGAAGAAGUCUUUUCCAUUUCUGGAAGAGGAACAGUCGUUUCCGGCCGUGUUGAGCGCGGUAUCUUGAAGAAGGACUCUGAAGUCGAAAUUGUUGGCGGUAAUGCGGAGCCAAUCAAGACCAAGGUCACUGAUAUCGAAACCUUCAAGAAGUCCUGUGACGAAUCCCGCGCCGGAGAUAACUCUGGUUUGCUUCUCCGGGGUGUUAAGCGUGAAGACAUCAACCGUGGCAUGGUUGUUGCCGUGCCCGGGAGUGUCAAAGCCCACACUGAGUUCUUAGUCUCCCUUUAUGUUCUUACCGAAGCCGAAGGUGGUCGUAGACACGGUUUCACCAACAAAUACCGCCCACAGAUGUUCAUCCGCACUGCUGAUGAGGCUGCUCAACUCAGCUGGCCUGGCGAAGAUCAGGACAGGACCGCUAUGCCAGGAGACAACGUCGAGAUGGUCUGCACGACUUUACACCCGGUUCCCGCCGAGGCCGGUCAACGAUUCAACAUCCGUGAGGGUGGAAGAACCGUCGCAACCGGGCUUGUCACCCGUGUCAUCAAAUAG